GGAAGCUUUCUCCACUGAAUACUCGAGACUCAAGUCGCAACAGGCUGCAAGUGCGGCAGUGCUGUAGUGAAGGCAGGAGAAAGCAGCAUUCUCUUCCGCUUGCUGCGCUUGUCGGAUUGUCUUGUCUUCUCUGUGGGCCCGGGCAGCAACCCAACAUGUCGUCUCAGCGCGCUACUUUUCGGUUUGCACAACUUUCAAGACACCUUGGAGGCUCUGCACAAAUCGGAGACGGUGAAAUGAUGGCGUCUCACCAGGUCACAAUGGAGAAAACGUCAGCUCGGAAAGAGAGCUCAGUGUGGCAGGGGGUGGAACAAGGACCAGAAGAUCCAAUUCUGGGGGUGACAGUUGCUUUCAAUAAGGACAACCAUCCCGACAAGGUCAAUCUUGGUGUCGGUGCAUACCGUACUGAGGAAGGGAAGCCUCUGGUUUUGGACGUGGUCCGUCGAGCUGAAGCAGCCAUUGUGGCAGAUAGAUCAGUCAACAAGGAGUACCUUCCUAUCAUUGGCCUCGCAUCCUUCUGCAAGCUGAGCGCUCAGCUGAUCCUAGGCGCCGACUGCCCUGCCAUUGUUGAGAAGCGCACGACCACCGUGCAAUGCCUGAGUGGCACUGGUUCACUCAGAGUUGGGGCGGAGUUCAUUGGCAAGCAUUACCACCAGACCAUCAUCUACAUUCCCGAUCCUACCUGGGGCAAUCACAAUAAGAUAUUCCCUCUUGGCGGCGUAUCUGUGCGGAAGUACCGGUACUAUGACCCGGCAACUCGAGGCCUCGAUUUCCAAGGCAUGAUGGAGGACCUUCACUCCGCUCCCUCUGGCGCUGUCGUGCUCCUGCAUGCCUGCGCUCACAACCCCACCGGUGUGGACCCCACUCCCGAGCAGUGGGAGCAGAUUCGCCGCCUUAUAAGAAGCAAGAAGCAGCUCCCCUUCUUUGACAGCGCCUACCAGGGCUUUGCCAGCGGCAGCCUGGAUCGUGACGCUGCGCCAGUGCGCUCGUUUGCUGGCGACGGAGGGGAGAUGCUGAUAGCGCAGAGCUACGCCAAGAACCUGGGCCUGUAUGGGGAGCGCGUCGGCGCCCUGACCUUUGUCUGCGGCUCGCCCGACGUGGCUAAGCGCGUGGAGUCGCAGCUCAAGCUCGUCAUUCGGCCAAUGUACAGCAACCCGCCCGGGCACGGCGCGCGCAUCGUGGAAGCCGUUCUGUCGGACAAGCAGCUGUUCCAGGACUGGACGGUGGAGCUGAAGGGGAUGGCCGACCGCAUUAUCACCAUGCGCCACAAGCUCUUCGACGCACUUAAACAAAAGGGCACUCCCGGGAGAUGGAGCCACAUUGUGAAGCAGAUUGGCAUGUUCACGUUCACGGGGCUGAACAAGGACCAGGUGGUCUUCAUGACCAAGGAGUACCACAUCUAUAUGACAGCGGACGGGCGGAUCAGCAUGGCAGGUUUGAACUCCAAGAAUGUACACCAUCUAGCAGAAGCUAUCCACGCAGCCGUUACACGCAGAUCCUGAGCUCAAAGCGAAGGGUUCCAAGCAUUAAAGUGCCAAUCGAACAUCAUGACACUGGUUGAUUUCAGUUACAAUGACUAUCCUUGAGAAUGAAGUUCACGAUGGAGCAGUUUGUCGAGCCUAGUUUAGCCACCAUUUUUUUGGGAUACGUCGGAAGGAGAGACUUGAGAUUUCGAAAGCAUUUCGAUUUGAAGAGAUCACGGAAUACUGUCACACGGUAUUAGCACAAGUCUGUGAGGUUGCGCACUUAGAAGAAACGCAGGGGUUUUGUGGUCAACCGUCUGUCAAAACUUCUAAACUUUCUUAUAGGCACCUAUCACUACGUAUGUAUACGAGUCGAAUCAUGGUCUCAGCGUGGGUACACGUACCUAGCUCGAUCGGUUCUUCCACACGGCCUUUGCGCACAGCUUAUUAGGACCUAGUAAGGACCAAGAAUGUAG